UCCUUAUUGUGACUAGCUUCACAUAGGUCUCUGUCGACCACUAGGUCCAUAAAUACUAUUUACUUUUCGGCAAGCAUCCCAAACAGAAACCCGACUGAACAUGGCUUACACCGUUGCAGGUGGAACUAAGAAGAAAGUCUGCUACUACUAUGACGGUGACAUUGGAAAUUAUUAUUAUGGACAAGGGCAUCCCAUGAAACCACACCGAAUUCGCAUGACCCACAACCUACUGUUGAACUAUGGACUGUACAGAAAAAUGGAAAUAUAUAGACCACACAAAGCCACUGCAGAGGAAAUGACCAAAUACCACAGCGACGAUUACAUCAAGUUCCUCAGAUCCAUCCGACCAGACAACAUGUCAGAGUACAGCAAGCAAAUGCAGAGGUUUAAUGUUGGUGAGGAUUGUCCUGUCUUUGAUGGGUUGUUUGAGUUUUGCCAGUUGUCUACUGGUGGCUCUGCUGCGGGAUCGGUGAAACUCAACAGGCAGCAGACGGACAUUGCGGUGAACUGGGCCGGUGGACUCCACCACGCUAAGAAGUCUGAGGCCUCUGGCUUCUGUUACGUCAAUGACAUCGUCGUGGCCAUUCUGGAGCUCCUCAAGUACCAUCAAAGGGUGCUGUACAUUGAUAUUGACAUCCACCAUGGGGAUGGAGUAGAGGAGGCCUUCUACACCACAGACAGGGUCAUGACCGUGUCCUUCCACAAAUAUGGAGAGUACUUCCCCGGGACUGGAGACCUCAGGGAUAUUGGAGCUGGAAAAGGCAAAUAUUACGCUGUCAACUUCCCCCUGAGGGAUGGCGUUGAUGAUGAGUCGUAUGAGCAGAUCUUCAAGCCUGUGAUGGCCAGGGUGAUGGAGAUGUACCAGCCCAGUGCAGUGGUGCUGCAGUGUGGAGCAGACUCCCUCUCAGGAGACCGACUGGGCUGCUUCAACCUCACCAUCCGCGGUCAUGCUAAGUGUGUUGAGUACAUGAAGUCGUUCAACCUUCCCCUGCUAAUGCUGGGUGGAGGAGGCUACACCAUUCGCAACGUGGCCCGCUGCUGGACCUACGAGACGGCCGUGGCUCUGGACACUGAGAUCCCUGACGAACUGCCAUACAACGAUUACUUUGAGUACUUUGGGCCUGACUUCAAGUUGCACAUCAGCCCAUCCAACAUGACCAACCAGAACACAUUGGAGUACAUGGAUAAGAUCAAGCAGCGUCUGUUUGAGAACCUGCGGAUGCUACCUCACGCCCCGGGAGUGCAGAUGCAGAUGAUCCCUGAGGACGCCAUCCCUGAUGAUACAAUGGAUGAGGAUACAGAGAACCCUGACAAACGCAUGUCCAUCCGUGCUUCAGACAAGAGGAUAGCCUGCGACGAGGAGUUCUCUGACUCUGAGGACGAGGGCGAGGGAGGAAGGAGGAACGAAGCCAAUCACAAGAAAAGAACUAAACGGGCUCGAGUAGAGGAGGGAGGGAAGAAAGAAAAAGUUGAGUUGGAGAAAGCAAAGGAAACAAGCACUGAGAAAACUGACACAAAAAGCACACUUUCCAGUGUGAAGACUGAGCAGACUAGCAGUGCCUGAUUCAGCCACAUAGCGGUGCUGUGAUCUCUCCAUGGACAUUCCUGAGUGUGGCAGCCAGGGCAGCUAACCUUGGCUGAUUCUACACCUUCGCGCCUGACUCCAUACCAGAAGCAUUAUAUUUAUUAUCAUUGAUCUGUAUGUCAUAGUUGUACGUCGUUGUGAAGAUUUAGUUUCCUUUGUGUACUGUAACAGUGGAUUUCUAGGAUUCGCAACCAACUUGGAUUUGCUGUACUUUCCUUUGAUACUUUUUGAAUGCUUUUAUAUUGCAAUAUGCUUUUAUCUUCUGAAUGAGAAAUAUCUACCUGUAAUUAAAGUAUGUGUUUUUAGAGAAGAUUAUGUGGGUGUUCCUGUAGAUGAACCUACGAUUUAAUAUUUGCUGAACAUUUUGCAUUUGCCAAUUAAAACAUGUUUUUAUACUA